AAUUAUACGUUCCCAAUCCUAUUUUAAAACACGCGUAUCUGACUGUGAGAUUGCCGCGAGUGUGUAUUUUCGUAUAGCCCGCCGAGUCACGUUGCGCGCACUCUAUCACGUGACCAUGGUGUCAGCUGUGACGUCACGUAUAUAACGCGACGCGCACUCCUCCUUCAAACACACUAUAUCUGUAACCAACCUUCUCACGUUUCGGCUCAUGAUGCGCUAGUUCAGUACCGCUAUUUGCUAAAACUUUUAUUUUAACCAGACGAUUUCUAUUAUGCUUUGUUUGUUCCUGACUCUGCUUGUCGAACUAUUCAACGGCGGAGAGAGUGCCCGCUACGCCAGAUUUCAGGAGAACUAUGUGCCAGCUAUAGGAGACUUUGCCACCAACGGCAAUGUCGUGUAUUUGGGAGCCAAAAGCAAGAUACUGAAGCUUCAUUUCGCCCGGAGAGAAUUUGUUGCCCAGUUUGAGGUUCUGAGCUCAAAAUGCCCGCUCGGAGAUGACUCCUGUAGCGAUUAUACUCAACAUGUUAUCUUAGCCGAUGGCAGAAUAUUUGGGGCAGAACAAGAUAAGGUGUGUGUAACCUGUGGAACACACGGAGGCAGACCCAGAUGCGUGAUAAGAGACCUGGGCCUCCUCAACGUCAUCAGAGAAGUUAGACCUCUACAGUUCGCUUCAGCGGCCCACCCCGGACUCACGAGCCUCGCUGAGGUUCACGAUAACGCGUUCUACUACACUUCCUACGUUACCAACGACACGUCCCACCCUAUCCUGGGCAUGUACAGUCAGCACAAACAGCUUACCACCAAACUGGAUGACAAGUGGUUCAACAAUGCCCAGUUCGUGUCAGUGAUCCCAAUUGACCGUCAUCUGUACGUGUUCUAUAAGGAACUCACAUUUGACUACCCCAGUCCCAUUCUGACUUCCAGAGUAGCUAGAGUCUGUCUCACAGAUCCCGGCGGUAACAAGCUGCUCCUUCACAAACAUUUCCGGACGUUCACCAAGGCGACGAUCUCGUGUACAUCACCCAGUACAAUGUCCGGAGUUCCCGACUAUUCGUACAACUUUAUAGACGGUGUAGCCAUGCCCCACGACAGCCUCACCGAUCCAAGCAGAGCUGAUCGGAUGAUGUACGCAAUCUUCUCCAACAUUCCCAACGGGCCGUGCUCUGCGUCAGCCGUGUGCGCUUACAACGUGGCGGACGUCCACAGCAACUUUACCUCGGACAAGUUCGUCCGUCUGGAUCAUGGGACCACCACCCAGCACACAGUCUCCUCUGUAAAUUCAGAAUCAUGCGAACAGCCCCGGUCUCUGUACGACGCCCACAAGUACAACUUCCUCAGAGAUCCAGUGAAACAUACCCAUGAUGGGCCCCUGAACACAGCCCAGUGUAGGAGAUACACUGCUAUUGCUGCUGAUAGGAUCAACGGUAUUGACGUUCUCUUCAUCGCUACUGAUGACAUGACGUUUAUCAAGAUGGCAGUGAACGGCGGAGUUGCAUACCAAGUCGACUCCUUCAGGGUCCGUAAGGAGACGAACCCCAUCACCAAGAUUGUGGUCGCGCCAAAUGCUAACUACGUGCUAGCUAGCGGACCAGACUACCUGCUCCGUAUCCCCAUCUCGCAGUGCAAGCGGUUCAACGACUGUAACUCGUGCGUGGCAUCACGUGACCCAUACUGUGGCUGGUGUCCGACCUACAAUUCGUGUGUAGCCACCGUGUCCUGCCCCAAACCCGUCACCAACUACUUGGAGGAGUUCGAGACAGCCAACAUGUGCUACCACUACCAGAAGCUGAACAAUAACAAUACUCGGAGGGUUAAGAAGAUUAAGAGGAGGAAGAGGAGGAAAUGAAGAGACAGUGAGGAAAAUUUAACUUAUCUUCGUUGAAGAAGAUUACGCGCGAGCUGCACGAGCUGGUACUGGAAUAAAGGACAAAAGAGAAUUCGUAGCGUAGCUUAUGAUUUCAGGAAAUGUUAAGACUGACUGAGGACUGGUCUCUGAGGUCUGGUUUCAGUGACAGUGCCAGAGAGAGAUACCGUGGCUGUUACUCCAGCCAAAUAAGAGACACAAGUCCGUGCAUGGUCCCCAUUUUAACUUAUAUUGUGAGAUAAGAGAUAAAGAUGCUAAGACAUUUUGUUUUGUUUCCAACUGCUGGCAUUUAUUUUUCUGUGUUUGAGUUUCGCUCUUGAAAAGAGUUUAUGAUUAUUGCAUGAUGAUGAAAUGGCUGGAUAAAAAGUUUUUGUAUGUUCAUAUUUUCAGCAAUAUUAUUAUGCGGUUCAUCCGAUUGCAAGGCUCAACAAAUCUUAGGGGGAUUAGGCUUAUUUUUAAUAUGUCCAUGGUGACCUCAAUUAUUAAAACAAUAUUUUUGUAGUACAUGCAGCUGCGAAUAAUCUGUCGGCUGGUUGGCAAUUAUUAGAUAUUAGUGUCAGUCCUUCAGCUUUAAAUUUUAUAAAGUUAUUUGUUUGUUUUAAUAAGCAUGUUUUCAAAAAAGGUGAAACUAGGGUUUUAAGUUUGAAGAUGCGGUUGUAGUAUUCUUUUAUUGUUCUGUAUUUUAUAUGAACCCUCAUUGUUUAUUUUGUCAUGAUAUUCACAGUUGGAUUUUACUGUAUAUUUGUGACAUAUAUUGUAUUGUUUUCACCCUGUCAAAAAGUUUAUAGGUUACAUUUUCAUUGUUGAUGUUAUGUUCCUAUAAUUUAAAUGUUUUUAAUUAUCCUUUAA